UUGUGUACAUAUACUGUUCUUUACACCCACAAAACUACAUCUAUAUAUAUCAUCAUCAUCAUCAGGAGGGAGGGAGAAAGAAGCAGAGAGAAACAGCCAUGGGGAACAGCAUAGGAGGAGGAAGAAAGAAAGCAAAGGUGAUGAAGAUCAAUGGAGAAACCUUCAAGAUAAAGACACCAGUACCAGCUUCGGACAUAGUCAAGGACUACCCUGGUCAUGUCUUACUUGAUUCAGAGGCUGUCAAGCACUUCGGCCUCAGAGCCAAGCCAUUAGAGCCCCAACAACAUUUGAAGCCCAAAAAGAUUUAUUUCCUAGUGGAACUGCCCAAGCUGUCCGAGGAAAAAGUGCCUAGGAGGACACGAUCAGACGGUAUACACAUGACCGCCAAGGACCGGCUGGAGUGCCUCAUGUUGUCCCGGAGAUCGGUCUCUGAUCUUUCGAUCAUGAGACCGAUCAGGCCCGAAUUAGAUGAGCCUGGACAGAGUUCGGGCCCUGUUCGGGUUAAGAUGAGGCUACCAAAGGCUCAAUUGGAUAAGUUUGUUGAGGAAAGCAGAGAUGAAGCAGAGGUGGCUGAGAAGAUCAUUGGGCUUUAUAUGGACAAAGGCGGUGGAGCGGAGAAGGUGGCAGCGUCCAAUGAAGAUGAGGGGCUGUCGUUGCAGCACAACCAGCAAGGGCAGUGGAAGCCUGGCCUUGGUAGCAUUGGAGAGAAUUUUAGGGCUCGAGAGGAGGAGCUGUCUCUUCUUUGAAGUUGUACCAAUUUUUCAUGCCUCGGUUCACUUUAUAUCCUUUGAGUGGUCAGAAUAAUGUGUAUCUGAUUAAGAAGUGACAGGUCGACUUCUAGAAUUGAAAGAAGCUUAUGAGAGGAAGGGGCUAGCUUGGUGAGGCUCCUCUUACCAACCUCUAAGCGACUUUUCCUUUCCCUAUCCUCUUAGCUAGAUAUAUUGCAGUAGUUCUUAAAUGUACCCAAAAAAAAUUAUGAGAAAUGUACAUAAAUUGAUUGGUGAUUCAAUUACGUGGUGUCACUGUUUUUCUUAUAUUAUUUCUCCUAUUAAUGG